AUGGUUCGUAAAACAAUCAGAAGAAGUAUCACUAAAACUGAUCCAAUAGUUGUUAACAUCGAAGUCGAGGAUCUGAUCGAUGAACUGACCGCUGAAAACAACAGACUCGUCAAUGAAUUGUUGUUUACAAACAAAUGUUUAGAUUUAUUAAAUGAAAUCAAAGAUCACAUGGAAUUGAUUCACAAGAAAUAUGAAGACUAUAUUACAGCCAAAGAGUAUAAACAGUGGCAAUCAUUCAAGCAAUCAAUGAUUACAGCCAUUGAUGACCACAACAACAACAACAAUACAAGACAUAAAACUGCAGUCAAAACAAUUGGCAAAGAAAGACAAUUAACUGAUAACAUUAGACAAGCGUUUAAUCAUAUCAUCAUCGGUGGUGUAAAUAAAUCCAACGAUCAGAUCAGUUCAUCACUAGCUGAUCCGUGUACGACAACAACAACUAGUACAACAGUUCACACAGCAGUUCCCAAUUUGAAGACUACAGCUUCUAAUGUCAAGACUGUUAAGACAAUUGCCGUUAAAACAGCAGAAGUAGUGUCAAUAGAUUUAUCACAAAGUGAUGCCGACAUAUCAGAUGAUACCGAUUGUUGUGACGCCGAUGAUGUGGUGGCGGAGGAGGACAGCAUUGGUGACGACGACGACGACGGUUGUUGGCAACCGGAGGACACGUCAAGUACUGUCAACAAAACAGUCGCCGAUAGAUUGAUAAGUAAUACUACUGAAGAAAGCGAAUCAAUUGAUAAGUCAACGACAAUAGUUAGUCAAAGAAUUGUAGAUCAGAAGACCGCCACCACUGAUGGCGAUCCAAAUUGGCUAUUGUUGGCAAAGAAAGGCAAUUUAGAUCCGAUUAGUGGCCAACAUUUAUGUCCGAAACCCGAUUGCAACAAACACUUCCCAACUCAGCGACAACUAUACAAUCAUUGUUACGAUGUUCACUGCAGACUGAAAAAACAUGUUUGCAAUCAUUUAGACUGCAAUAAGUCGUUUGCAACAAUCAAGCGUUUGAACCGACACUCGGCAUCUCAUCGGCGAAAACAGGAACGAUUGGUCCGACGAUAUGUUUGCCAUUACGACGGCUGCGACAAACAGUAUAUCCAGAGAAAGCAUUUGAGAAGGCAUUUGUUAUCGCAUUCGUCGGACUCGCCGUACGUUUGUCAGGAGCCAGACUGCGGAAAGGCGUUCAAAACCCAAUGCAAACUGAAACUCCAUCAGACUAUACACGCCACCAAUCGGCCAACCUAUCGGUGCCCGGAAUGUGGAAAGUCGUAUCUGUGCGAUAGAACACUGGCCAAUCACCGACGAUUCAAUCAUUCACUGGUCAAUCAGUUGCGCUGCGAUAUCGACGGUUGCGACGAAAUAUUCAAAAAUUAUUCGCAACGAAGAAAACACAAGAUGUCUGUUCAUAAUUUCAAAUACGCACCGAUUAAGGUAACACUAGGCGACUAUCCGUGUCAGUGGCCCGGGUGUGAGUACAAGACAACAAAAAAACCAUUGCUUGCAUUACACACUCGCAUACAUACCGGCGAACGGCCGUACGGUUGCGAUUGGCCCGAAUGUGGCAAACGAUUUCGCAAUAGAGCCGACUUUAGGGAACACUAUAACUAUCAUCUGAAUGUUAAGCCCUAUGGAUGCCAAUGGCCGGGUUGUGAAUACCGGGCCACUUGUUAUGGAAAUAUUGUUAAUCAUACAAAAUGUGUACAUAAAAAACAUACCGGUAUAUCAUCAUAA